AUGCCGCUGCAGGGUGCUGUGUCCUGCUGCAGGUGCCCCUAUCCCAGCCGCUGCCCGCAGUGCCCCACAGCAGCCCCUUCUGCCCUCCAGGCCUGGGCCAUCUACAAGGGCAAGUACCACGAGGGCACGGACAAGGCCGACCCGUCCACCUGGAAGACGCGGCUGCGCUGCGCCCUCAACAAGAGCACCGACUUCCAGGAGGUGCCCGAGCGGAGCCAGCUGGACAUCUCCGAGCCCUACAAGGUCUAUCAGAUCGUGUCCGAUGGGGCCCGUGAUGCAGACAAGGAUGGCCACACAGAGUCGCCAGGUUGCAAGGAGCAGCGGCUGAGCCGGCCCUCACCCUCCAGGCCCUCUGGCACCAACCUCAGCUCCUGGCCAGAGAAGGGCAACACCACGGGGAGCCCGGCCAUGGAGAGACUCACGAGGCACAGGCCCUCAGCUCCUGGCCAGAGAAGGUGGGAGCCCCCCUCACCCGCCAGCCCUUCCCGCUUCCCACAAGUUCCCUCCGGCCAUGUCCUCACCCGGCCGCGCUCACGGGUGCCGCUGUCCCGCCAGGGCAACACCACGGGGAGCCCGGACAUGGAGAGCCUCAAGGGUGAGACGGAGACGGCGUCGUCGCUGACCCCAUCCCCUGCCCACCCUGCAGACCGGGGGUACCACGUGCGGGGCCUUUUCUAUGGCUGGAACCCGUCCGUCGGCCCCCUGUUCCCGGGACCCCUGUCCUAUGGCCCCACUGAGGACAUCAACCACUCAGCGGGCGCCCGCGCUCCCGGCGGCUCCGUCCCUCCGCAGGUGGAGCCCGUGUUCGCCCGGGAGCUGCUGCAUCAUGCGCAGCGCAUGGGGCCGCAGCUGCUGCGCGAGGCCGCGCAGCCCUGCGCCCCCGGAGCCUCCCACCACAUCGUGCACGUCCUGAGGCAGCUCUGCCAGCCCUGA